GUUGUUUGCUCGUUGUCCACUACACAGCUCCGACAGAAACGAGAUGAGCUCACCACCUGCAAAGAGACGUCACUUGGGACCAAGGAUCCCCGAUGAUGAAGACAGUUCCACGGCAGACGCUGCGGAUCUGGUCCAGAAGAGUGAUGCCUUAUCCGCAUCAGCUUCACCGCAGAGCCCAUCAAAGGAGAGACGUUCUUCGCUUGCACCAUUAGAUACAAAUGUUCCGUUGAAGCUGGACUCCGUGAAGCUUGAUCCCCCAUCUGACUCAUCACCAAGGCAGCAAUCGCCAAAGUCCAAGCCGUCUUUCAACGGCGAACCUACGACCCGGUUGGUCAUCGAUCGUCUUGUCCUGACGAAUUUCAAAUCAUAUGCAGGGAAGCAGGUGAUUGGUCCGUUCGACUCUUCGUUCUCUGCUGUUGUUGGUCCCAACGGUUCAGGUAAGUCCAACGUUAUUGAUGCGAUGCUUUUUGUCUUUGGAUUCAGAGCCAAUAAGAUGCGUCAAGGUAAGUUGUCAGAACUCAUCCAUAAUUCAGAGACCGCGCCAAAUCUUGAGUCAUGCUCUGUGGAUAUCUAUUUUCACAAUGUGCAGGAUAAUGUUGACGAGACCACCAGUGUUAUCCCAGAGACAUAUCGUAACAAUGGAUCUGAUUAUUUCAUCAAUAAUAAGAGAAGCAAUAAAGGUAUAGAUCUCGACCAUAAGAGAUUUCUAAUCUUGCAAGGUGAAGUUGAAACUGAAAAGGAGAAUGACGACGGAACUUCAAACUAUCAGAAAGUUGAGGAGUUGAAUGAAAUUUGUCAGGAGAAGGAAACCAGAGAUUCAUUGGAAGGCAAAAAGCAAGAAGCUUUGGAUUUUAUUCGUAAGGAGAAAGAACUUGUGGAGAAUCAGUCCUUACUAUUGCGGUAUAAUAUUCAUCAGUCUGAAAAGAACAUCGAGAUGAAUACUGAGAAUGAACAGAAAGAGUCGUCAGAUUUCCAGACAGAGGCACUGAUGAAGUCUAUUGGGUCUAUUGAAGAAGAGAUUCAACAACUUGAAACAGCCCAGAGAAAGGAUGAGAGGGAUAGAGUUAUGAACAAGAAGAAAAAGGCCGAAAAGCUUCUAGAAACAGCAAUAACUGCACUCAACCAGGCUAAUAACAAACAUUCAACUUUAUCUGAUGAGAAUGAGAAGUUCUCAAAAGACCUGGAAGAAAAAUCCAUUCUUGACGAGAUUCGGUCUGAGUUAACAGAUAAAACUAAGGCCUUUAACGAGGAGAUUGAAAUUCACCAGGCCAAGCUUCGACCAUGGACUGAGAAUCGUGUGCAGAUUCUGAAAGAGGGACGCUCCACACUUAAGGAUCGGCUAAAGGAAAUUAAACUAAGUCUGCUAAAGAAAGAGAAGACACAUAAUGCAUCACAGAUCCAGAUUGGUGAGCAGGAGUGUGAGCACGCCGCUGGUAAACUUAAAGCCAUGGAGGAGAGUACUUUGGAAGCCAGAGGAUCUCUCUCUACCAUUCAAAACAAGAGUAAAGUUCUUGCAGGUUUGAUGAGACUUCAAGAAUCUGGACAUUUGGGGUAUAUUGAUGACAAGUACGAUUUGGAUGAUAUGGUUGUGGAAUCAGUGGAAUACUUGAGAAAGAACAACCUUGGUUAUGCUCGUUUUAUUCUAUUGACUAAGUUGAGAAAGUUUAACUUGGGCAAGAUUCAAACACCAAACAACGUUCCCAGACUUUUCGACUUGGUAACUCCACAGGAUCCAAAAUUUGCACCAGCUUUCUACUCUGUACUCCAAGAUACUCUAGUCGCUUCCAAUCUUCAGGAAGCUAAUAAGGUAGCUUACGGUGCGAAGAGAUUCAGAGUUGUUACUCUUGACGGUAAAUUAAUUGAUAAGUCAGGUACUUUGUCCGGUGGUGGUAACAUUGUAAACCGCGGGGGAAUGAAAUCAACUUCUCAGGCUGGCUCCGUUUCUGAAUCAGAAGUUCUCAAGAUGGAAAAACAGUUGUCUGAGAAAGAACAGAAGCUGGAGAUUGCUCAGAAUACUUACUACGAAAUGACUGGAGCUCUCAAAGAAUUAAAAGAGAGACAGCCUGAAAUUGAUACCGAGGUAUCAAAGAUCAAAUAUCAGAUUGACUCUUUGACGAAUGAGAUGAAGAGUGUUCAAACCCAAGUCGCUGCUGCUACGAAGAAAAGGGAUGAGAUGGCUGCAGAUAACAAGGAGAUCGCAGAGGCAGAGGCCAACGAACAAUCAAAAGAGUUACAGGACAAAAUCAAUGUUCUUCAGGAACAAAUUUUGAAUGUUGGUGGUGUCAAGCUUCGCAUGCAAAACUCAAAAGUUGAUAGUGUGGCACAGCAGAUCGAAAUUGCCUCUCAUAAGCUUAACAAUAACAAAGUGGGUAUCAAGAAGCUUGAAAAUGAGAUCAAAAGGUAUACAAAAUCUGAGAGUGAGAAGAAAAAAGAAAUUGAGGAUUAUCAGUGCGAUCUUAGUCGAGUGGAAGAAACUUAUCAAGAGAGACUCCGUGUUUUUGAGAAACUGGAAACUGAAUUGAAAAAGCUGCGUGAUUCGAAAGACGAGAACAAGGAGAAAGCGGAGUUGCUGAAGGAAAGCUUGGAUGAGAAGCUUGAGAAGAUCAACCUUUUGAGAUCAGCUCAAGUGGAGAUUGAAAACAAGAUUGAAAAACAUCAAAGUAUCAUCAAGCACCAAACCGCAGAACGCUUAAGGAACACGGAACAUUUGGAUACCCUCGAAUUCAGGGAUGUUUCAACGUUAUUGUCAUUUAUUGAAGACGAAGAAGAAAGGGUGAAGUAUGAGAACGGUUCUUUAUCUGAUCUUACGCCCGACGAGUUGGAAGCCCUUGAUAUUGACACGAUUCAGAUCAAAGUUGAGGAUCUUGAAGCUUAUAUGAGUAAGGUGAAAGUCGAUACAGAUAUCCUUGAAGAGUACGCUAGAAGGACAGAAGAGUAUCAGACGAGAAGAACAGACUUGAACAGUGCAGUCGAGGAGAGAGAUCAAAUUAAGACCACCGCUGAAGUGUUGAAGAAGAAAAGAUUGGAUGAAUUCAUGGAAGGCUUCAACCUUAUAUCUGCUACCCUCAAGGAGAUGUACCAGAUGAUCACCAUGGGAGGUAAUGCCGAGUUAGAGUUGGUUGACAGUUUAGAUCCGUUCUCAGAAGGUAUCCUGUUUAGUGUGAUGCCACCGAAGAAGUCCUGGAAGAACAUAUCAAAUCUAUCCGGUGGUGAGAAAACCCUCAGUUCCUUGGCUUUGGUGUUUGCCUUACACCGCUAUAAACCAACACCAUUGUACGUGAUGGAUGAGAUUGACGCAGCUUUGGAUUUUAGAAACGUUUCUAUUGUUGCCAACUACAUAAAGGAGCGUACCAAGAAUGCCCAAUUCAUUGUCAUUUCCUUGAGAAACAAUAUGUUCGAAUUAGCUCAAAACUUGGUCGGUAUCUACAAAGUCAGUAACAUGACCAGAAGUAUCACAUUAAAGAAUCAUGAUAUGCUGAAUAAUGAUCAAUAAAUUGUUUUUUUGGAUUUACAUACUUUCUCAC